AUGUCGAACAAAGACCUUGACCCUUACACCGCGAAGGCUGAGAACAAUAAUCUGACUCUCCAGGAGAAGGUUGACGGGCUGCGGAAAAUCGUGAAGAGCGUCAAGGCCGGCAUGCUCACCACGCGGAGCCCGAACGGCGCCCUCCAUUCGCGUGCAAUGGUGCCCGCUGGCCUAUCUCUCUCUCCUUCUCAAGUCACGCUCUGCUUCAUCGCAAACCGCGUCUCCGGGAAGUUUGACGAGAUCGGGAACGACGCGCACGUGAACGUGUCUUUCUACGACGAGUCUUCCACCAACUGGGCGUCGUACGCUGGCAUCGCGAAGAUUUCCCAGGACAAGGAGAAGAUCGAGAAACACUGGAGCUCCACGACGGCGGCGUGGUUCGGGGACCUCGGAGACGGUAUCCAUAAGGGGGACCAACACGACCCACGCGUUGCUCUCAUCGAGGUCGUACCCUCGGAAAUAAGGUACUGGAUCGCGACGCAGGGCGCCGUGGGACGGGUGGUGAACAUUGCUACGAGUGCCAUCAUGGGAAAUGCUGCAGCCCCGGGCGAGUUGAGGACUAUCACGCAGGACGAGAUCAAGCUCGUCCAUGGACUUGAGUCAAAGUAA